GCGCUUAGUGGCCGAUACAGUAUUGGGGCAUAAUGUUGUUCUCUUCGGGGCCUUUGACGAUCAUCUACGGUCUGGUUUUCUUUGUUGUGGCAAAGACAAUCUACAAUUUGUACCUUCACCCUCUUCGCUCCUAUCCUGGCCCUUGGCUGGCUCGUGCCACCCGCUGGUAUUACUCCUACUAUGUGAAAAUCGGUCUUCUGCCGCAAAAGACAAAGCAACUGCAUGAUCAAUACGGGCCUUGUGUUCGGAUUGCCCCAGACGAACUGUCGUAUAAUACGGCAGAGGCAUGGGAAGAUAUCUGCGGCCACCGAACUGGCCAACGAACUGAGAGCUUUGAAAAGGAUCUGACCUUUUUCCCACCUGCGCCGAAUGGAGUCGAUUCGAUUAUCGUCGCCAAAGAUGAUGUCCACAGACGAUUCAGACGUCUCCUGUCUCACCCCAUGUCCGAUAAGGCGCUGGGAAGCCAACAGGACAUCAUCACCGGGUAUGUCGACCAACUGAUUCACGAACUCCGCCAACGCGGUGAAAGGUCUGAGGUGGUCGAUAUGGUCCGCUGGUUCAAUUUCACUUCCUUCGACAUACUCGGAGACUUAGCGUUCGGCGAGUCAUUCGGCUGUCUGGGAAGUGGUGUGAUGCACCCGUGGAUUGAGCUCAUCUUCACGUCCAUCAAAUCCGUCAUGGAUAUGCAGAUUAUCCGCCGCGUCCCCGGUCUAUUCUCACUGAUCCUCGCUAUCGCCGGACUACAACAGAAGCAAGAUCUGCAGGAGCAAUUCAUGUUUUGUCAGAAGAAGGCCCGCGAGCGAUAUACGAAAGAGACUACCCGGCCAGACUUUAUGACAUAUAUUCUCCGUGCAACGGAGGAAAAGGGUAUGACGCCGGAGGAAAUAGAAGCCAAUGCGCAGAUCCUCAUCAUGGCUGGCAGUGAAACCACGGCAUCAGCUCUUUCUGGAACUCUGUUCUAUCUACUGAAAAAUCCAAUGGUUAUGCAGAAGCUUCGCGAGGAAAUCCACGCCACCUUUAAAACCGAGCCAGAGAUCACCAUGCGCUCCACCCAAUCCAUGGAAUAUCUGCAUGCUGUCUUGCAGGAGGCAAUGCGCAUCUAUCCCCCGGUCCCCUGUACAUUCCCUCGAACUACACCUCCUGGUGGGGCAAUGGUUUGUGGUAAUUUCGUUCCAGGAGGUUAUAUCGUGGGGGUUAACCAGCUGGCCGCCAUGACCUCGGAGAAGAACUUCAAGGACCCCUUGAAAUUUGUCCCGGAGCGGUGGUGCGGCGAUGAGCGAUACCAAGAGGACUCUCGCAAGGCCUACCAGCCCUUCUCGUACGGACCUCGCAACUGUCUGGGGAAGAAUCUGGCAUAUGCUGAGAUGCGUCUCGUCCUCACACGAUUGCUAUGGAACUUUGAGUUCAGUUUGUUGGAAGAAUCGAAGGAGUGGCAUGCUAAGCAAAAGGUCUGGAUGAUGUGGGACAAGGGAGAUUUAAAGGUUCGAUUGACGCCAUUGAAGUAUUAAGCAAUAGAAUGGAAGAUUAGUCAUAUAUGAAAAGCUAGUCGUGUCAUGCUUGUUGCUUAGAUUGCUUAGCGUUAUUUAUAUACAUAAAACCAAGGAAACUCGUGAUAUACAUGGGUCAAUGAGAGUCUGAGAUCGCGGAACAAAGUUUCUUGACUCGCGCUUCCAGCGCCGUGCACGGAUUGGGCUCCAAGGGAAUCGCAUCUCGCAAGUUACUCAGUACCUGUAAGCAUCGCUGGAGCUCUCGUUGCAAGAGAUACGACCGCAGGGCCAGCUGCUCGUCUUGGUUAAUCUGGAACAGUCCAAAGCGAAGGUUAGGUAAGACAUUUGCCCCCGUAAGUUCAUCCCCGAGAGCGGACAAGUCUCGGCCUCCGAUGCUCGCUCGAUCGCCGUCGCCGGGGGAGUCCUGCUGCAUACUGCAUUCGAACAAGGUCACAAUCUGAUCGAUGGCGAUUAGCAGUAGCAUGGCGCAGUUGGAGCCCUCUUUGUGGGCCCCUUUGCUUAGGAUGCGGGAAAUCUCCCCGAGAGUAAUUUUAUUCGUCUGCAUGACCACAUCCAAGGC